GGAUGGGAGUUCUCGGCGCCCGAGGAGUCUGGAAUCACUGGACGAAAAGAAUUUCAAUGUCCUGACUCGGUCUAAGAUGAAGGUAUGGAAGUCGGCAGCCAUAGCCUCGAUGCUCCUCAGCUCCAUGUUGUCAAUUUUGGUUUGUAGAGACUUGUUCAGCAGAAGCCAGAGAUUCAGCUCUUCCUCUUCGUCUCCUUUGCUCCCUGGAGGUCAGAGAAGACUCCCACGGGCUCUGGGACGCCGUAAUUCGCUGAUUUCCCAUUACAGCACUUUGUUCGAGAGCUACACAGAGGGAGAAAUCCGCCAGCUGAUCUCCACGUUAAUCGAGCGGUACAGCCAGUCCAUGAACUCUGGAGGCCACGAGCUGCCGUUGUUCACCAAAGCCGCCAACCGGAUGAAGCGUGCCAAGGCCCACCAUAAGCCCUGUUCCCUCAAGGAACUGGAGGUCACUGUCAGUGAUCUGGGCCUGGGUUACACCUCAGAUGAGACGGUGUUGUUCCGCUACUGCAGCGGCACCUGUGAUUCGUCUGUGCGGAACUAUGACCUAUCUUUGAGAAACGUGAGGAAGAUGAGAAAGAUCAAGAAAGAGAAAGUGAGGGCUCGGCCAUGUUGCCGCCCCCUGGCUUAUGACGAUGACAUCUCCUUCUUGGACGCGGGGAACCGUUACCACACGGUGAACGAGGUGUCAGCCAAAGAAUGCGGUUGUGUGUGACGGAAGGAGUGGGAAGAAGGAGGGAAGCAGGAGAGUCGGGUUGCCCGCAAAGCAGCACCCGGAGGCUGCCGACACAAGCGUGGCUGUCCAAAGACGAGAAUGGAUGAGGAAUGGAAAGAGACACCUUCAUGCGGGACAGAUAACUGGUGUUAAGUCUACCUCAGUAUUGCAGAUGGAAGCGCAGGGAAACCUUGAACCAUCCACUAGGCCCUGGGGCCUGUUUAUCUGUUGGGAUAUAAAGCAAGCUUACAAGCAUUUACAGCAUCACCCUUUCAUGCCCUUUGGGAAGAGUUACCUUCCAGCGCAGUGGUGGUAGGAAAACCCU